AUUCCCAUGCCAAUUGAUACGAAUAAUAUUGCUAUGAACCAUAAAUAUUGCCCCGAGCUGCGCUUAUUUUCAUUGCCACUUUUGUCAAGCGCGUGCGGAUAUGGAACGGUAUUUUCUCCGUCUGAUAUUUCUCGUUGUAAUUGUGCAAGGAACGUUUUCGCAAGAGUGCCAAGUUCUAACGGAAUGUGAAGACAGCGUACAAUGGAAAACUUGGCCUACAUCGUCCGAUAUGGGAAGGCCCGGAAAAAGAGGUGCUUUGGGGCCCAAAGGACAAAAAGGUGAACAAGGAUUAGGUGUUAACAUGGAAGAAUUCAAAGCUCAACUGAAGGAGGAUAAUGACGGUCCAAUUCUUCAUUUUUAUACCAAAACUAUUACAUGGGAAAGUGGAAAAUCUUUUUGCCAUGUACUUGGGAAAAGAUUGUGCUCUUCACAAGAAUUGUGUGUCGACAAAAAUGGAGGAAAACAAUUAGUAGUCGACGUCAUCCCAGGCGAUAAUUGGGUUCCUAUCAUUAAUAAAAACAACGAGUGGCUAGAGGCUGGAGAUUAUUUGCAGAGAUCUUGCUUCUUGCAUCAGCGCGAUCUUGGGAGUCCGCCAUCGUGGGGAAUAUCCGCUGCAGCUCAUGCACACAAAGGAUUUGUCUUCUGCUGUCCUCGUAGUCACGAAGUAGACCAAGUCGAUCCAGGAAUGAAAUAUCAAUACAUCGGAAAAGCAGCGACCUAUGAAACUUCAAAACAACAUUGCUCAGAGCAGGGAAGAAGAUUAUGUUAUUCUUCAGAGGUCUGUCAGAAGAACGUACCAGUUUUUGGUGUUAUCAACGGAGAUAUGUGGGUGGCAGUUCAAGAUAGAACAAACGAAUGGAUAGAGAUUGGAGAUUCCAGUGGUCGGACUUGCUGGAUUCACGGAGUUCGUCAUGGUACUGCAACGUGGGGAACCCGAACCGACGGAUCUUUAGCCGAACAUGUUGGAUAUGUUUUAUGUUGCCAAAAUUCUGAUUAAAUAUCUGUAACCAUUUUUGAAUUGCUUUUUUCUCAACUUGGGAACUGAAAGUUCUUAACUUGAAAGAUAUUUCAAAUUACAAUUUUCAAUUACAA